AUGAUGUCGAAAACCGUCAACGAUUUCCUCUACGAAGGCGACCACAUCAACAUGUCGCCGAAGAGGAGUGAUUUUGUUCGCCGCCUAGUAGCACAUUCAGGUUUCACGACAGGCAGCGACGAAGCUGUGAGGCUGGUCGUGCACAUAAAGGACAAGGAUAUCGUAAAGAAAACGGAGAAGCGGUUCAACAACCGCAUUGGCAAGAUCUACGGUGGCUGCAGGAAGAGCUUGCGGUUGAUACGGGGCGCGCGGCUGUUGCUGCUUAGGCGUGCUCCAAACGGGACCAUCCGAACGGUGCAACCGGACGAUUUCGCUACCCGCUGCCAUACUUACGUGGGAGUGUACGGCAGCAGUAAGUGGUUGAAGGGCAUAGAGUGGCACCUUCUUGGCGGCCACCCUUUUUCCAGCCCUGCCUUCAUGGCGUGUGCGCGCCUGUUUGCGACAGAGGCUGCACCAGGCGCCCUACUGCCGCUCUAUGCAUCGCAGCUGCUCCUCAUUCUUGCAGUUGGUGAGUUCAUUGGCAUUGGGCGCAUUUGUUUGGCGCAGUGGGUGACCAUCCCCCAGGAGGCUCUGGAUGCGGAUGUCCUGGGGGAUGAGGAUGCGGAGGAUGAGUUAGAUGAGGAUGGGGUGGUAGAUGAUGAGUCUGGGGAUGAGGAUGCUUCUUGA